GCAGUUGUGUAUGCAUAACCAACGCCCCUCCAUCCGAAUCUCUCCUGUAUUCUUUUCUCAUCGUUUUCCAUUUGUUCUCACUCGAAUUUUCCAUUUCCUAAAUUAGUUGGCCUGUUUAAUUUCUUGGAUCCCUUCCAUGUUCUUUGCUUGUCUUCUUCUUAAUUAAUUUCUUGAAUUAAAAUGGAGAAUUCGGCGAAUCAUCAGGAGCAAGAUAAUCUGGUGAACGAGCUGACUCAAGGCAGAGACCUGGCCAAGCAGCUCCAGAAUCAUCUCAACCUUGCAUCCUCUUCUUCCCACGAAGCUCGCGAAGUUUUGGUCCAGAAGAUCCUCUCUUCAUACGACAAGGCACUGUCGAUGCUCAAGUGGAAUGGAUCCGCAGGAGAGCCGCCGCUGCCGGCCGCUGGCGCCAUUGUCAUGGCCGAGUCCCCGCCUUCGCUCAGCGGGAGCCCUCACAGCGACGAUUCGGAUCCCAGUUUCAAGGAUCAUGAACAAAGGGACGGAUCCAAGAAGAGGAAGAGCAUGCCACGGUGGAAGCAACAAGUGCAGGUAUGCCCCGGGACGGGACUCGAAGGGCCUCUUGAUGACGGCCAAAGCUGGAGGAAAUACGGGCAAAAAGACAUUCUCGGGGCCAAGUAUCCGAGAGGGUAUUACAGAUGUACUCAGAGGUUUGCCCAGGGCUGUUUGGCAACCAAACAAGUGCAAAGAUCCGACGAAGACCCAACAAUUUUUGAGAUCACUUAUAGAGGAAGACACACUUGCAAUCAAGGACCCCGUCCCCACCCAGGUUCAUCUCUGUCUUCAUCUCCAUCUUCCCCGUCGCCGGAAAACCGACAGGCAAACAUGGCCUUACAAAGUCAUCUGCAAGUCAACCCACCAAAGGUCAGCCAGGAAACCCUCUUGAACUUCAGGACAGGCGGCCUCAGAGUCAUUACUGAAGGCCUGGAGACUCACCACCAAAGCCAGCCAUUUCCUCCCUUCUUCCUGCCCUCUCCUUCCACGGCGGCCGAUAACAGUUUUCCGGCGAGACUCUCUCCUUCAUUCAUGGCGUCGCCGGUUUCCGGGUCAACCUUUUUCCCCACUGAUUUUGGAGAGAUUAGAGCCUUGCAGAGCGCGGAAUGUGAGCUCGCCGGAAUUGCUUCCACGGCGGCUUCAGCCACCAGCUCUCCGACCGUUGGAUUGGAUUUCCCGUUUGGCCCCAUAGAUGAGUUUGAGCCAAGCUUUUCUUUCGAUAACCCAGGAUUCUUUUCCUAAUUAAUUCCCACUUGAUCAAUCCGAGAUUCAUUAGUUUUGGUUGACUCAGUAGCAGCAUAAUCACCAUAGUUAUAUUUACAUUAUCCAUGCAGAAUAACAUAUUUCUGAUUGAGAUGUGUGGAAGCUUGAAGUAGGCAAGCAUUAGGCAAUAUUCAUCAUUUGAAGAUAAUCUUUGUAUCCAAUAUAUUCUCAUAAAUCAUUUUACUUUUCUUUUUCUUCUUCUAAUGUUGUAAUUAAAGGCUUAUAUAUAUAUAUAUAUAUUGUGAUCUAA